GGUGAUGUGCUCCUGAUGAGCACAGGUGGUUACCACCAGAGGGCGACAAAACGAUAUUUCCAGUGUUAUUUGAAUUGACAAUAAAAGAUUGACAGGUGCAGUAAACCAAUGCCCUUCGGCCCAAUCUUGAUUGAUAAUCCAAUAAGGGUAUCGGGGGGCUGAUACUAUUUGUCGACAUGUCGAGUCUGUCAGUUGGAAAAUUGUAGUGUGAAGCCUUCGUCUAGUCCCAGUUAAUCAAUUGGUGUGUCAAGUGGUAGUAUCAAAAGUUGACUGAAUGGAUCCAGAGCUUCCUACUGACCUUAGUGGCAUGACGGGCGUUCCCUGGCUGGGACGAGGAAGAGGACUGCAGCCAGAAGAGUUAGAUGUAGGACGUAGUAGAGGGCUGCUGCUCUCUACAGAAGGACCUGGUGUAGGACGAGCCAGAGGUUUCCCCACUCCUGGCGAUACCCCACAAGGACAAGGAGUAACCGUGUCCAUUACAGAACCUGCGCUUGGACGAGCCAGAGGACUGCUGUUGCAGUCUGGUGAUGGAGGAGUUGGACAGGCCAGAGGACUGCUCUUCCCAACAGCUGAACCAAAGAUAGGGGUAGCAAGAGGUGCUAUUCUGCCUAGUCUGGAGCCACAGCACGGACAGACACCUCCAUUUGAAACUACAACACGAGACCUGACGGAGGAGACUGCGGCUCUGCCAACAAAAGAGGUUGACAAGCCUACCCAUGGUCAAGGUUUAACAUUGGUCUCCAUGUUCAGAGGAAUGGGCAUUGAGCCCUCACUGACUUCAUGGGGAAGAGGAACACUGCCAGUUGGGAGGGGAGCAGCCGGCGACGUGGGAGAGACAAAGCUGCAAGGUACCCAAGAGAUUAUCAGCCAAACUGAAGAGGUGAUGGGACGAGGCAGCAGUUUCCAUGGCCAAAGUUUGUCCCAGCUGAUGGCAGUGGGGCUUGGGAGAUCAGCAAUGCCACAGCUUGGAGUAGGAAGAGGGUGCCCUUUACUUCCUUCUUUUCCUCCAGGUCGUGUUGGGUCAGUUUCUCCUGCCUCUGAACCGCAACCAGUCAUAUAUUCUCAGCCUUCCUGUGCAGCAGCCAUGCCCCCUGUGCCCACUACUCAAGAUGUCCUGGAGCUUUCUACUGUUGCACCAGCACAGAGAGAGCUGCAAAUGGAGGCAGUGCGUGAGCCAAUCAGUAAGGCUGGAAAAAAAGGAGCUCCUAUAACUAUUGGCUCAAACCACAUCCCGAUUCACUGCAAGAACGAAGCUGUUUAUCAGUACCAUGUUACAUUCACUCCAAAUGUUGAAUCAAUGCCAAUGCGUUUCGGGAUGAUGAAAGAUCACCGCUCGACCACGGGGGACGUAGUGGCUUUUGAUGGCUCCAUACUCUACCUGCCUGUCAAGCUGAAUGACGUGGUUGUUCUCAAGAGUUUGAGACGGACCGAUGAUGAGGAAAUACAAAUCAAAAUCCAGAUGACGAAGAUUUUGCCACCCAACUCAGAUCUAUGCAUUCCCUUCUACAAUGUGGUGCUCAGGAGGGUAAUGAAAAUCAUUGGACUGAAGCUGGUAGGACGAAAUCACUAUGAUCCAGAGAGCGCAGUCAUUCUUGGAAAACAUCGGCUUCAAGUGUGGCCAGGCUAUUCAACUUGUAUCAAGCGAACAGAUGGAGGGCUGUUCCUAUGUGUGGAUGUGUCUCACAAAGUCUUGCGGAAUGACUCUGUGCUGGAUGUCAUGAACAUGUUGUACCAACAGAGCAAGGAGAACUUCCAAGAUGAAUGCACCAAAGAACUGAUCGGCAGCAUCGUCAUCACCCGCUACAACAACCGCACCUACCGCAUUGAUGCCAUUGAAUGGAACAAGUCCCCUAAAGACACCUUCCCAUUGAUGGAUGGCACAAAAACCACCUUUGUGGAAUACUACAGCAAGAACUAUGGGAUUACAAUCAAAGAGAUGGACCAACCUCUGCUCAUGCAUCGGCCGAAGGAGAGGUCCAAGCCAGGAGGAAAGCAAAUCAUUACUGGAGAGAUCCUUUUAGUGCCAGAGCUUUCCUUCAUGACAGGAAUCCCUGAAAAAAUGAGGAAGGACUUCAGAGCUAUGAAGGAUCUGACCAUGCACAUCAAUGUGAGCGGUGAGCAGCACACCCACUCAAUAAAGCAGCUUCUGAAGAACAUCAGAGCCAACCCUGAGAGUCUGAAAGAGCUCAGCCGAUGGGGACUGGAGAUUGGCUCAGAGAUACUAAUGGUUAAAGGUAGAGCUCUGCCCCUUGAAACCAUCUGCCUGCAGUCCUCCUCAUUUGCCACUGGUGCUGAUGUAUCCUGGUCCAGAGAGGUUGUCAGGGAUGCAUCAAUCAGUUCUAUCCCUUUGAACAUCUGGGCCGUCUUCUACCCUCGCCGCUGUGCAGAGCAGGCUGAGGAGCUGGUUUCCACUUUUAAAAAGGUGGCCGGGCCUAUUGGGGUUCGACUGGAGCGACCCAUUCGAGUGGAGCUGAGGGACGAUCGUACUGAGACUUAUGUCAAGAGCAUCCACUCUCAGCUCACCAGUGAACCCAACAUGCAGCUCAUAGUGUGCAUCAUUGUUGGCAACAGAGACGACCUCUACAGUGCCAUCAAGAAGCUUUGCUGCAUUAAAAGUCCAAUCCCAUCCCAGGUCAUCAAUAUCCGGACAAUUUCCCAGCAACAGAAAUUGAAGAGUGUUGCCCAAAAGAUACUCCUGCAGAUCAACAGCAAGUUAGGAGGAGAGCUGUGGACAGUCAGCGUCCCUCUGAAACACUUGAUGGUGGUUGGCGUUGAUGUCCACCACAACACCAGCAAGGCGCAUCAGUCAGUCAUGGGCUUUGUCGCAAGUGUGAACAGCUCACUGACACGCUGGUACUCCAGAGUAACUUUCCAAACACCCAAUGAAGAACUAAUCAAUGGCUUCAGAGUGUGCUUACUGGCUGCACUGCAGAAGUACUACGAGGUGAACCACAACUUGCCUGAGAAAAUUGUGGUGUAUCGGGAUGGAGUGUCAGAUGGCCAGCUGAAGAUGGUGGAGCAGUACGAGAUCCCACAGUUAAUCAAAUGUUUUGAGACAUUCCCUGGCUAUGAGCCCAAGCUGGUCUUCAUUGUGGUCCAAAAACGCAUCAGCACCACCCUCUACUCCUGGACUUCAAACAGCAUUGGUACUCCUCCACCUGGAACUGUUCUGGAUCACACCCUCACUCAGAGAGAAUGGGUGGACUUCUAUCUGAUGGCACAUCACAUUCGCCAGGGCUGUGGACUCCCUACACAUUACAUCUCUUUGUACAACACAGCAAACCUCACACCAGACCAUUUGCAAAGGCUGACAUUCAAGAUGUGCCAUUUGUACUGGAACUGGCCAGGCACCAUUCGUGUUCCAGCACCAUGCAAAUAUGCCCACAAACUGGCUUUCCUGUCUGGCCAGUACCUGCACUCAGAGCCAGCCGUCCAGCUGUCAGACAAGCUCUUUUUCCUUUGAGCGGCACCAGUUUCUGCCACAAACAAACUGCUCAGAUCACAGCAAAACCAGUUGUGAUGAAAAGACACUACUGAAUGACCAGAAUGACAAACAGCUCAUUUUAAUUAAUGAGGGAUUUUGACAUGUGGCACUUAUAACUUAAACUAUAGUGUUGAAUUCUACUGGGGAUUCUCAUAUGGAUCAAGUCUUUAAUACUACUGAUGUUUUUUUUUCUUCACAACUCACGCCUUUAUUUUUAAAAACAAAAAAACGUAUUGUGGCAUCACCGGUGGUUUUAAUGUUGUGGCUUAUCGGUGUAUUACUAUAAGCACAUUUUAGUUUCAAGUCUAGUGAAACAAAAUGUUAAACAGUUAAGUUGGAAGUGAGUGCUUUGCAAAGUUGUGACUUUUGAGUUUUCAGUGUUAUUUUGCCACCAUUCUUGUGGCAUAAUAAAAAAGACGUUCAGAUCCUUCUACUGUGACAGAUUAUUUAUAAUCCUGUACAGGUUUAUACAAGUUUACAAGUUAAAUCCCAGAGUUUAUCUUUUUGCAUGUCCAUGAUACUUAUAAAUGUACAGAUAAGGUUUGUAUAAGUGAGUUGGGCUUCAAUAAAAGACAAGUGUCAUCAUUAU